AUGCUUAUUAAAGUGAAAACCCUUACAGGGAAAGAAAUUGAAGUGGAAUUACAAGAAACUGACUCUAUAUAUCAUAUCAAGGAAUUACUAGAACAAAAGGAAGGUAUUCCACCAUCACAACAGAGACUUAUUUUCCAAGGUAAACAAAUAAAUGAUGAAGAUACUGUUGGUGACGCCAAGUUAGUAGAUGGUAUGCAAUUGCAUCUUGUCUUGACCCUAAGAGGUGGUCAAUAG